AUGAAUAGCAAAAACACACCACAUUGCACUCCAAAUACAUCUUUUGGACUGCCCUCAUCAUUAACGACACUUUUAGACUCAUCCCAUACUACCGAAGCGUCGACUUUGGAAGCUACAAAAUGUAGGCUCAAGAUCGAACUAGAUAUAAUAUCAGGCAAGACUUUUAAAGUGUUUGUGAUUAAUUUCGACUUGGCGCUUUUAAUCAACGUUGGACGUUUGCCAUAUAAAGCAAUGGUAAAAGAUAUUCAGCAUAAACUGGGUGAAAACGUCGUAGACACUGCAACAGUCGACAGUUUACUAAAUGACCUAAUAAAAGUCGCUAGCACGCUAGCAAAUUUGCAAAAUAUUGCUCAAUGUGAAGAAUACUCGUUUGACAUUGAUGAAAUCGGUACCACGCUCUGGAAUGCGUCAAUAUACUACAAGGCAACAAGUCGCUCACGGAACAACAAAAUAGUGGCUCUGCUCCGUCAUGCGGGUUUGAUGCUUAUUCAAACUGGAGCAAUAACUCGUACAGAAAAAACAGUCGGAAUCAAGUUGAUCGCUCUCGCAACAAAAGUAGGCAAAGCUUAUAUCGACUGCGGAAUGACCGAAAAAGCAGAUGAAGUUUAUCGAUCGAUGAAUGAGUAUGAAGCAAAUGUUCUGGCAUCACAAGACGAAAGCGAUGAUUCAAGAAAGUUCAAAGCGACAACUUUGACAACGUUCUACGCAUCUCGCGCAGAAGUGGCCUGGAAGCUCGCAAACACACACAUUGCAAACCUUAUGAUACAACACGCAACUGCUGAUAAGUAUCUCAUCUACUGCUCAAUGCGUGAGGUCAAUUAUGUAUGUCAUGUGUGUCUAACAGUUGGCUAUCAGUUGUCGAAAGAAAACAAAAUAUCGGAGGCCAUUACCUGGCUAAAAAAGUGCUAUGACGUUGCGGGGUCUAUGAAAGGAAAACAGUGUCAUGAAAGAACGCUGAUGUUGUAUAAUAAAUUUUUGGAAGCUAAAAUUAACAUAUGCGUAUCAUUAAUUAUAGCAUCUUGUUAUUUGAAAAAGUCUACUCAAGACGUAUCCGCACUCCAACUUGCAGAAAAUGCCAUCGUUACAUGUUUAGAAAGAGAUCCAGGGAAUUUAUUAGCAAUGUCGCUGAAAAUUAAAACAAUGAAGCAAAGUGGUGCCGAUUUUUCAAGCAUCGAGCAGGCUUACAAAGACUUGAUGAGCCCUCAGCAAAUAACAAAGGAUGAACUCAAAAUACUGCUAAAUACAGCACAUUUUAUUGCUGAGCUAAACCCGCGAAUUUCUCUGGACGGUCUUGACAUACUCCUUGAAAAAACACUGGCGAAUUUCGGAAAUUUGGAGCUUAUUGAAAAUGCGAUUGUUGCCAAAUUUCACAUAAUGGGAUAUAUUGACAAAAAGAACGACAUAGAAAAUAUUAUGAAAAGUGUUGAAGUUACAAUUGGAUAUGAACGGCGGCACGGGAUUACAAUUUCCAGGAAAACAAUUAUUGCUUGUCAAAUGAUACUAUGGCAAAAUGGAGACAAGAACUACGUGGAAAAAAAUUAUGAACUUGCCAAAAGCUGGUAUACUCUGGCAUAUGAAUUUGUCGCAUCCAAUGAAGUGGAUAACAGAAAUGCAUCUAUAUUGCAACGAAAGAUUUCUCUUUGCGAUUUAGGAAGGCAUGCGGUUUCCGAUGCAAUUAACGCGAUCACUCUUGCCCAGAAGCACGAGGCAAACUCUGCCGCCAACUAUUAUAUAAUGUUUCACAUCGCCCUAGAGAUGAAUGAUGUGGACAAUGCCAUUAAACACCUUCAUCAAAUGUGUAAUUCAGACAACUUUCAUGCAAAUAUGCUAACAAUAGCUGCAAAUGAAGCAUACAAGCGAAAUAACAAAGAGAUAUUAAUCGAAGUCUUGAGGGAAAUCCUACUUAAACGUCGAGAGAACCAAGACGCAAUAAACGUUGAUAUUAUGGUGCUCUUGCGAUGCCUGAUACGGCUGACGUAUAAAGCAAUUGAACCUGCAGGAGAGGAUGAGCAGCAAACCUUGAGACAAUAUUUGCUAGGAUAUUUUGAAAUUGCCAUUACAAUUAUUGGAUCGGAUACGUCUUCGACAUCUUCAACUGACAUUGCGUUAACGAAACAAGAUUUGAACGAACUUGAAUGGUACUAUAAAACAACCUGGAAUAUUGCUCUUGAAUUUUGCCAGAAUCCAGCUAGUGUGUCAAUAGCGAUUCGAUUGUUUGGAAUUGCGUACAAGUUUCUGGAACUUUAUAAGGAGGAAACGGUUGAGAUUUUGGCUUGGAAAAGACUCUGUUUAUUUACGUGUAUCGCUGGAAAGAUUUUCCAAUCACGUGAUGAUAUAAUACCGGAGGAAAAGGAAGAUAUCCUUGAAAAGUGUCUCGCGGAUAUCAUAGUAUAUCAGAAAAUACGCAAUGUUCUUCAAUCGCGUAAACAAUUGAAUAGCGAAACGAUCGUUGAACCUCAACAAGCAGAGUCCGAUGUAAUGCUUGUAUUCUUAUUCGAGUUUGAAGCAAAAUUUCAAUUAAAGCGAUGGAAUGAAAUUCGAGAUAUGCUUGAUGACGCAGGAAAAUAUGAGCUUAACAUGCCUUUUAAAGUAUACGAACGAAUGAUGGAACUGCUCAUUAUUGACAAAGAGUGUCCUAGUGAAAUUUUAUCGGUGACUCUACAAGCCCUUCUAAACUCUUUAUCAAGUCAACCGCAUUCAGAAUAUACUCGCUUUUCGCGAUGGUUUCGUAUGCUGUUAAUUUCUGCACUUUAUCAAGACAAACAUGUUGCGCAUCAAUAUUUCGUGCAAGCUACGGACAUUCUAAAGAAUUGCCCUCAUCAAUCAUAUCCGGAGGAAGAGAUUCAGUGGAUGAUGGUGACAGCAUGGAAUCAGGGUAUUGACUAUUACUCAGUAAGAAAUUUUGAAGAAGCCAGGAAAUGGUGUGAAACUGCAAUAAUGUUUUGCAGGUCUAUGGAGAAUGGAAAUUUCUAUGAACAAGAGGGAGCUAAUUAUCAUGAUGAUGGAGUCUUUGGUUAUCGCAUUCCAAGGAAAUUUGCCAUGCCCGAUUAUACCUCCCAACAAUUGAUUAAUCGAGUUGAAAACGCAAAUCUUGUGAGAUAUGUCCUGGCUUAUCGCACGCGUGGUCAUAGAAGCGCCUUUCUUGAUCCUUUGGGAAUAAUGGAUAGAGCGGAAAUUACUGCUAUUGAUGCAACUCGAUACGGCCUCUCGGACCCCUAUAAAAUUUACAACUUGGAUGGUAUAGUUCAUGUAAAUGAAUCCGAAUCGUCCUUCGAAUCAAAGCGGGAGGCGACUCUCGAGGAGGUUACAACUCACCUUAACAACGUAUAUUGUAGCAGAGUGGCAUAUGAAUUUAUGCACGUUCCAGACGCAAGUGAAAGAAGAUGGUUCGCACAUAUGGUUGAAUCACAGGCCACAAAACUAUUGACAACUGAACAGAAGAAGAGAAUAUUUGAACUUCUUACCCGCUCCGAGGUAUUCGAUCAAUUCAUGGCGAAAAAGUUUCCUCAGAUCAAAAGAUAUGGAUUGGAAGGUGCUGAAUCAAUGAUGGUUGCUCUUGAUAAACUAUUUGAAGUUUCAAACAAGGCUGGCAUAAUAAACGCUGUAUUGUGCAUGCCACACCGUGGCCGUUUAAAUCUGCUAACGGAUUUACUCAAGUUUUCGACUUUUAAGCUAUUUCACAAGGUGAGAGGCAACGCUGAAUUUCCCGAAGACUUUCCUGCCACCGGAGAUGUGUUGUCACACCUGGCCUCAUCGCCAACACUGAUCUAUGGAGCAGCAAAACCAUUGGACGUAACCAUGCUUCAUAAUCCAUCACAUCUUGAAGCGGUUAAUCCAGUUGCCAUGGGUAAAGCGCGUGCCAAGCAACUAGAUCUUAUGAAAUCAGAGAGUAAUUGUGAGCUUGGUGAUCGUGUCAUCUGCAUUCAACUUCAUGGAGAUGCUGCAUUUACGGGGCAAGGCAUCGUUAUGGAAAGUUUUGGCUUGUCCAAUCUGCCACAUUUCUCUUCCGGCGGAUCAAUUCAUAUAGUAGUAAAUAAUCAGCUCGGCUAUACAACGCCUGCUCAGAACGCUAGAAGCAGUUUUUAUUGUUCAGACAUUGGCAAAAUUAUAAAUGCGCCCAUCAUACAUGUUAACGGUGAUUUCCCUGAAGAUGUUACUCAUGCUAUGGAAGUUGCAUUUGAGUAUCGGAAUAAAUUUAGAAAGGAUAUUAUCAUAGACCUGAUUGCGUAUCGCAGGUGGGGUCAUAAUGAACUUGACGAACCAGCAUACACACAGCCGUUGAUGUACAAAAUCAUACGUUCCCGAAAAAGUGUUCCAAAGCUCUAUGAGGAAAAACUAUUGACUAGUGAUAUUUUAAAAUCAGAAGAAAUAGCAGAAUUUCGCGAGAACUACUUCACUUACUUGGAAACUCAACUCAGAGCAGCAGAGAAUCAUAACCCAGAUGCUGACACAUUAAAGAAGAAAUGGUCCUCGAUGGUUAUACCCAGUGACUACACAUCAGCAAUAGAUACUGGUGUUCAGAAAAGCAUACUCGAGAAAGUGGGAAGAACGUCUGUUACUCCUCCUGAUAACAUUGUUAUCCAUCCUCGAUUGCGAAAAUAUCAUAUUGACGCUCGUUUGAGCAAAAUGGCUGAAGGAAAGAGAAUCGAUUGGGCAACUGCGGAAGCGCUUGCUUUAGGAUCUCUCUUGCUUGAGGGUCAUAAUGUGAGAUUAUGUGGACAGGAUGUAGGACGUGGGACAUUCAGUCAAAGGCACGCUAUGCUAGUCUGUCAAGAUACGGAAAGAGUUACCAUCCCGCUCAACUCAUUGGCAAUUGAUCAAGGAAUGCUUGAAGUCACGAAUAGCAAUCUUAGUGAGUUGGCCGUUGUUGGUUUCGAAUAUGGCAUGUCUAUAGAAUCUCCCAACAAUCUCAAUAUCUGGGAAGCUCAGUUUGGAGAUUUUUUUAACGGGGCUCAAGUAAUAAUAGACACUUACAUUUCCAGUGGUGAAGUAAAAUGGCUGAGACAAUCCGGAUUGGUUAUGCUGCUUCCCCACGGAUAUGAUGGUGCUGGACCAGAGCAUUCCAGUUGUCGCAUUGAGCGGUGGUUGCAAUUGUCGAACGAUAGAUUCGAUGUGCUUAAUGAAAAGAUACCCGUUAAUCUUAAUAUGCAUAUCAUCAAUCCCACAACGCCCGCACAAUACUUCCACGCUUUGAGAAGACAACUUAAGCGCAACUAUAGAAAACCAUUGAUUGUUGUGUCUCCAAAAACACUUUUAAGACUGCCUGCUGCUGCAUCUGACCUGAAGGAUAUGACACCAGGAACAAGCUUUCGGCCAGUUCUCGGAGACGCCACCAUUUCUAAUAAACAGAGCAUUGAAAAGAUUGUGUUCGUAUCCGGAAAGUUUUAUUAUGAUCUAUUUAGGGAAAGACAGGCGAAAAAAUUGGAAGAUAGAAUUGCAAUUGUGAGAAUAGAGGAACUUGCUCCCUUCCCAAAGGAAGAUAUUAUUACUGAAAUGAAAACAUACCCCAACGUGAAUGAUUUCAUCUGGUGUCAAGAGGAACCGCUGAAUAAUGGAGCAUAUUCUUUCAUAGCUCCGAGGAUAACACAAAUUUUGCCCUCCGGAUCUAAGCUCAAAUAUGUCGGAAGACCAGUUAGUGCUGCUCCUGCUGUCGGUGUUGCCAAAUGGCAUCACAAAGAGCAUGCAGCAAUAUUGCGAGAUGUGUUUGUUUAA